CCUGCACCUGCACCUGCACCUUUUGCUAACACUCCAACCUCAAAGAGCGUCCCAAUUCAAACCACAACGCAUCCAUUCAUCGCCAUCGCCUCGAACGGUGUUGCUGAUAACCUUCCCAGUACCUCCUCCACAAAUACAGGCAUCGCCACCAUGGCCUCCGUCGACCCUUUCGACUCGGCUCUCGACCUCCUCCGCCGCUUGAACCCGAAACACACGACCGACCAUCUCAAUGCCAUCAUAUCUCUGGCUCCCGAUCUGACUGAGGACCUCCUCUCAUCCGUCGACCAGCCCCUGACGGUGAAGCGUUGCAAGCAAACAGGCCGCGACUACCUACUCUGUGACUACAACCGCGACGGCGACAGCUACCGGUCACCCUGGAGCAAUCAGUUCGACCCGCCCCUCGACGAGGCUGGUGCCGGCGGUGUCGGUGCCGGCGGUAGCGAGGGUGCCGGCGAGGGCGCCAUCCCGAGCGAACGCGUCCGCAAGAUGGAGGUCCGCGCCAACGAGGCGUUUGACGUCUACCGUGAUCUAUACUACGAGGGUGGUGUGAGCAGUGUGUACUUUUGGAAUCUGGAUGAUGGUUUCGCGGGCGUUGUUCUUCUGAAGAAGUCCGGAACGCCCGGUGGCAGCGCCGAGGGCAUCUGGGACUCGAUCCACGUGUUCGAGGCUAUCGAGCGCGGUCGCACGACGCAGUAUAAGCUCACCUCUACUGUCAUUCUCUCGCUCUCGACGUCGACGGGCGCCCUGGGCGACAUGGAUCUCAGCGGCAACAUGACGCGGCAGGUCGAGCAGGAGCUGCCCGUUGAGGGCGACGAGAGCCACAUCGCAAACGUUGGUCGUCUAGUCGAGGACAUGGAGCUCAAGAUGCGCAACUUGCUGCAGGAGGUCUAUUUCGGCAAGGCCAAGGACGUUGUCGGCGAUCUGCGCAGCGUCGGCAGCCUCAGCGAGGGCGCGCGGGACCGCGCGGCGCAAAGGGAGAUUAUCGGCAGCAUGCAGAGGUGAUCGGCACGCAGAGUCAUAGUUCUUAGUGGCUCCCUUCUCGUGGAUGGCGGGCAUGGGUCUGGUGCCAGCUGUUAAGGGGAAGGGGUGGAUAAAUGGUGACAUGGGGUGAUGCUGUGACUUAACGACAUCGGGUUACACGGUGGUCUCAAGUCUUUCCAUUGCCUCUUGAGACCGUAUCUCUUCUUGUGCGUCUGUUGGCGUCGGGGUGAAUGAGACGGAAGAGGGAGUAUCAGAUAGAUGACAUUUGCUGCCACGAACCCUAGAUCCAUGUCAGGCGUGUAUUCUGCUCCGGCAGCAGGGCAGUUGUACUCUCUAAGCGGACGAGAGCAGGCGAAGUGGCUUAAACACAUUUGUGACUUUCACUCUUCAACUAAUCUUUUGCUGAAAAUUAUCCUUGGGCCCGUUUUGCCGGUGUAGAAUGUCUUGAUGCCGAAUGUUCAUGUAGCGAACUCGAUGAACGAUCGAGGCCGUUUCCCAGCGACAAUGUGAUCAUGCUGAUGUCUUGUAAUCGCAUUCCACCGAAACCGGGUCGAAGGAAAAGCUCGCAUCUUCAACUUUUUUUCUAUCUCGCCGCCUAAUGUUUGGCACCUGGCCCACGAAUCGCGUCCUCCGAUGCUUCGCCCUUCGCAGCCGAUGCAUGUCUGCAACGUUGUCUCCAUGUACACGUAUUCUCUGAUGACUAGUGUCACC